AUGACUACCUCACUCCUUACCCUAGAUGUCAAAGGCGCCUUUGAUUCCGUACUUCCUGGCAGACUGAUCCGCAGACUACGCGAGCAGGGCUGGCCUACCAAUCUCGUUCUCUGGAUUGCCUCCUUCGCUACUGGAAGAUCAGUUCAGAUCCGACUCGAUGGAGAGAUCGGCCCCUCAAUAGACAUUACCUGCGGAAACCUAAGGAACAGAUUUGGUUACGUGGACGACGCAGCCAACCUGGUAAUCUCAACUUCUCUUACUACUAAUUGCAAAGCCUUAUCAGACUCACUUCAAGAAGCCUUUAAUUGGGGCGCUACAGAAGGCAUUACAUUUGCACCAGAUAAAUAUGAGCUUCUUCACUUCUCCCAAUAUAAAGCAGACCAGGACCCAACCUGCACACCUUCAGUGAAAGCUGGAUCUAUUACAAUAUUAGAAAACACUAAACAGCUAUAUCUACAAUAG